UUUAGUGUUUUUGUUUUGCUUUUGAAAUUAUCGCUAAAAUCCAAAUGCCGAUGGCAUAGUAAUAUUAUGUUUUUUUUGAUUGUGGAUUAUUUUGAUAAAUUAUGAUGGAAAACUAUGAAAAUCUAUAUAACUCAAUUUGCCGUUUAUGUUUAAGUUUUAAUGAUCGAAAAAAAAUGAUACCUUUAAUUGAUAAAAGCAACCCAGACGGCUUUACUCCUUAUGCAAAAGCCGUGUCAACUUUUGCCCACAUUAGUUUUACGAAUAAAGAUUGUCUUCCGAAGAAUAUGUGUCCAAAGUGCUUGUAUUUUUUAAAACAUGCCAUUCAAUUCAAACUGGUAACAGAAUUUAGUGAUAAAUGUUUAAAACAAUUGAAGAAACCAGUCGGAACCGAAAGUGAAAAUUUCAAACAAAAAAUUAUCGAAUUUACAAUGUUCAAGUUCUAUUUUCCCACCGAAUGCUUCAAAAUGAAAAGAGAGUGUUCCAUUAAUAAGAAAUACUCCAAAGGAAAGAGCAAAGCUACUGAUAGUUUGGAAGAAGAUGAAGAAAUUAAGGUUGAUCAAUUCAACUGUAACAAUGACAUGGAAAAUGAUAUUUUUGAGACCCUUGUUGUAGAAUCUGAUAGUGAGCAUCUAUCACAGAGGGAUGUUAAAAUAUUGGACGAAAUUGAGAAUAAAAUUGGGUCAAAUGUUUGUGAAAGUCCAAGUCCAGUCUUUAAAAGGAAGAAAAAAAGGAUGAAAAAUAAGGGUCUUAAAGCUAGAAUACAUAAGUUAGCAAUGAAACAUAAAAGCAUGCGGAAAACAAACUUGGUUUGCAAUGUUUGUAACAGAGUGUUGGCUAAUCAACUGACAUAUAAUCACCACAUGCAAAGGCACACUGGAUGCAGGUAUAUUUGUGAACAUUGUGGCAAAGGUUUUCCUGUUCUCAAUGAGCUCCAAGUUCACCAAGUAACAAAACAUGAUACUGGUCCAUACCUCCAAUGUUCACAUUGCCCCUUCAAAGCUCCUCGGAAAUUCGACUUGAUAGAACAUGAGCGAAUACAUUCAGGAGAGCGUCCAUAUACAUGUGAGAAGUGUGGAUUGACCUUCCGUAGAAGAGGCAUAUGGAGAAAGCACUUAAUAUACCACUCUGAGAAGAAAGUUCAAUGUCCCCAAUGCCCAAGAAAGUUCUUCCAAAGAAGCGACAUGUUAGCACAUGCAAAUAACAUCCAUGAUAGAACAUAUGUUUAUUCGUGCAGCAAAUGUGGUGCUACAUACACUAAAACGGAGACAGUGAGACGUCAUAUGACUGAGCGACAUGGUAUCCCCAGAGAGAUGCAAGGGAAAAUUAUAAGGCUUAACAAAGGGGCAAGCUAUCAAGAAUAUUAAUACUUUAUGUAGGUAAUGUUUUUAAGAUUUAUUUGAUGUCCUUUGUACUUACCUAUGUAAAACUAUUUAAAAUUAAAUAAUCAGAAAAAAAUUCA